AUGAAGGAUAUUCCAGAGGUAGACCUUGAAGACCCCUACAAAUUGAUAAUGGCACAUAAUCACCUGGGCCACUAUGUGGAAGAAGAACUAACUUCUGAGGAACCUUCCACCAACAGGUGGGAUAUUGUUGAUGGUAUUCAAAGGGCCUGGUCCAAAAUUUAUCCAGGAUUUUGUUUGGGUCAAGAGGAUCUGAUGUCUUACAAUUAUGAUAUCUUCCUAGCGUAUCCUCACCUCCUUGCACAUGCCAAAUGGGAAAACUUCAUGCAAGUCACACAACAGUUCUUGACCAGUCCUGAUGCAUUUUCCAGAUUUCUCUGGAUCAGGCCAUCACAACCAUACCAGGCUUCCGCUUAUGAUGAAGGAUAUUAUCGCAACAUUGCAGCAGGCAUGAGCAAUAUGGAGAUACCAUAUCCACUGGGUCUUGAGAUGUUAAUGCAUCUGACCAAUUACCUGCCAAAAGGGCCUGAACAACUCCUGCAAUUAAUUUACAAAGAAUCUGUGGCUGUUCGUCAUGCUAUUAGCCAUGUAAUGUUUAAAGAGUUCAAGUGGCCUUCCUGGACCAACCAUGAUAGAUCAGAACAAGAAAUGAAUGAAAUAAAACACUUUAUAAAUGUCUUGGACAAGAUAACUCCCAUUUUCAGUAAAAGGAAGAUGGCAGAAAUACACUUAGACCAUGUAACAGACAUACAGCGUAAAGCUCUUGACACACCAUCGGAAAGUUCUGCCUUAGAACUAUUGAACCCAGGAACCAGCUCGCCAAAUGUGGAAAAAUGGAGGAGAAUAUUUCAAAAAACAAGUCCAGCUACUACAAUGAUUGGUCAAACUAAGGUGUAUUGGUACCAUGUGAUUGGUUCCCGCAUGGGGAGUCACCAUGUAAUUUAA